AUGGAUCCCACUUUGCUUCAGCAGUCCUCGCCGUUCGACUUUGCAGAAUCCAAAUACCUCGGGCAGGAGCGUACCUUCUCAAAUCCGUCUUAUUCUACCAAUGACUUCACAUUUUCCAGCCGGAGGCCUCAGAGCAACCUGACGAGUGGUGCGUCAGGCGUGGCGCUGCCGGCAAAUCCUGGUCUCGACUUCAAUGGCAGCUCGCUUCUGAACGAAACACCGUAUCACCAGAGCUCACAACUUUUGCUGAGCCCGCCUGAUUCUACCACUGGGUCAGCAAGCGCGGGAGGCAAUCCUACGACCUCUGGCAACACCUAUACGACUCUCCCUAAGCCGUUUCCUAGCAAUGCAUGUGCACCAGACCAUUUCUCGAGCGCACCUCCUUCAGUUCUCUCGUCUAACUGGCCUGGUUCCUCAAUGACGCUCAUGGAACGUCAACAGCGAGCUCCUCCUUUGUCACCUCCUCAUUCGUACAAUUCGGCAAACGGCAUUGGUUCAACGUUCAGGAGUAUGGGAGAGAGAAUACCACAAUAUUCGACUGCUCUCCACUCCCAAAUAAGUCCAGGUCCCUUUCAAACGGGGAUGCGGUAUCAAUCAAAUCCCUACCCUGCUCGCAGCAAUCCAGCGUUCCCUUUUCCAAUCCAAGAGGGUUCUUACCCAGGCCAAAACAUGUCAACGCAUUGCCACGAAAGCCAAAACACUACGCGGCAAGAUGGACCUCCAUUUCAUGAAACCACAGUUCUCCAUCCUGUGUUGACACUUCGCAAUCAACGUUUGAUGCCGGACAUUAUGGCUUCCAUACAGAAGGGGUUUUUCCAGGUGGAUCGGAAAUGGACUUGCUACCGACGAAACUACUUUGCGGUACAGUGUUCUUUUGGAUUCAGAAAUGGCAUCGUGGAUGGGCCAUUUUAUCUCAAUAGGAAUGGCUCCGAAGAAUUGAUCCAACAAUUUGCUGUGUCGAUUACCGCAAAGACCGCCAUGACCAGUAACGGCGAAAGUGAGGCUCGAGGCCUUGUCCAGCAUACCCCUAAACGGGACAAGGCGACAGAAUCAGUUCCAGGCCGUCACCCGAUUGCGCCGUCUCCCAACCACGCCAUUGGUACAAAUGGGACAUAUUCGAACACCGGACAUGUGUAUGGAGGACCAAACCAACUCCAUCCUGGUAUCAUGGGUGCCUUUUCAGGCUUCGAGAACCCGGGUACCAAUUCAAUUCCGACUUCACAUACCUUUGAGAGAAUCCAAUUCCAGAAAGCUACCGCCAACAACGGAAAACGGCGUGCGCAGCAGCAAUACUUUCUGGUCGUGGUCGAGCUUUCUGCGAACAUUGGCAGGCAAACCGACGAGAACUGGGUUGUGAUAGCUACCAAGGAAUCCGAUCCUAUGGUGGUGCGUGGCCGAUCCCCGGGCCAUUACAAGGACAAUGGCAGGCGCGACAGCCAAGCUAGCAUGGACCCGGACCCCCGAACCGGGCAUGGGACAGACGGGCAUAGUGGUCCCCUUUCAUCCGGGAGCUACGGGCACACUCAUACCUCAAUGGAUUGGAUGGGAAGUCAUCGGCAAGGAGGACAUUUCGGGGGAUCCAGCUACCGGCAUGCCUCUGCUUCGCGCUUUUCUCCGGCAAGUUUUGUCUCCUCAAGCACCCUAGCUGGAACGCCAACGGACGUUGAAGUCAGCCUCUGUGAUUCCCGUACGGCAAAGUCGUCUUGCACCCUUUCGUCGGACCGGUCUGCACUGACACCCCUGUCAGAAGGCAGUGACGAUAUCAUGUUCAGCAGUCUUGACCGCGAGGGUACGGGUCGCAAGAGGCCUUUCGAGGACGAAGGAGAGGGGGAGCACAUCCGCUUCCCAUUACCCGGGCCAUUCACCGACAGCAUGUCAUCGCUCGUCGACUUCUCGGCAACGCCGUACUCGAAGCUUUUAUGCGCAUCAUCGUGA